AUGGAAUUCAAUGUCUCAAGCAGAGUAUAUGUGAGAGUAUUGGUGGAGUCGCCUGCAAACUGCAGAAAUGGAAGUGAUAGCAACACUGAAAUAGAAGUAGUUCAGGCAGAAGUAGUGGGAACAGAAGUAGUGGAGACAGAAGCGGCAGGGACAGAAGAAGAGAACCAUAAUUCUCGAGCAGAAUAUAUACAUGAGUAUAUGCAGAAGUAUCAACACAGACGCAGACUUACAGCUGAAAUAGAAGUAGCUCAGGCAGAAGCAGUGGAAGCAGAAGUAGUAGGAACAGAAGUAGUGGAGACAGAAGCAGCAGAGACAGAAGAGGAGAACCAUAAUUCUCAAGCAGAAUAUAUGUGCAAGUAUAGAUGUAGUAGACAAAGUAGAGCUGUUGAAGAGAAUGAGCGAGUAAACAAUUGUCAGUCCGCAAACUAUGAAAACUAA